AUGGAUAAAAACGAAGGAGGAUUACCUGAUUCAAAACUUAAAAAAGGGAAUUUUGUUGACUUUAAUGCUGCCGUAUCCUCACCAUCUAUGGAUCAUAUCCAGCUUUAUGAAUUGGCUAACGUUCCUAAGGAACCAAACAUCCCAUUUCAGAAUAAACGCAAUGGAGAUAAUAAAAUUAUCUUAGACUCUUAUACAUUAGUUGAUAAUGAUUUUAACAAAUCAACUAACAACCUUAAAGAACCAGCGAAACCAAUCAUUCUACCAUCACUACAACCAAAUGAACCAAAUGUGCUAUUUAUGGGUAAAAGCAAAAAUACUACGCAAGAACAAGCGAAAACCGAUUCACUUCAAAACAAAUUAGAUGAUAAUAAAUCUAUAGUGAAAAAUUUUUUGAAUGGAAUAGAACAAAAAUUUAUUAAAGCGACAAAUAAUUCUGAACAAGAUACAAAAUAUCAACAAAAUAAUGACAAAGAAAUGAAAAAUUCAUCAUUCAUAGGUUCUUCUAUCAACACCAUAAAAAUUAUUAUUGAACCUAAAGGUUUUCCGGAUGAUAAUGGUGAAACCGUAGAAAUCAUAUUUCAUGUGCAUUUACCUAAGUUUUCUUUCGGCGGUGAACCUGCUAUACUUGGCAGUAUAGAAGAACUUGGUAAUUGGCAAAAAUCUAACGUUAAACUCAAACCAUAUAAUAAAGGUAGAUCUUCUUAUUGGUAUUCAGAGCCUAUUAAUAUCCCAAUCAAAAGAUUUGAGAAUGUUAUUAAAUAUAAGUAUGCAAUAAAUACACUCUUGAAAUCAUUCCAAUAUGAAGGGACUAGUUCGAAUGAUAAUCGUGAGCUAAAAAUUAAAAAUCAAAAUUUCGAUAUUUGGAGAAAUAAUUCAACUCAUGGUAUCAAUAAAAUCACUGAUUAUAUGUUCUUAGAUAUCAUUUUUGAAUCCGUAACUUUAGAAAAUAUCAAGGAAAUGAUUAUAGAGUAUAACGGUAUCUUAAACAAGUAUUCCGAAUUAACUUUUUCCAUUACGAAUAUUCAAUUUAUUAGCAAACAAUUAUUGGAUAAUUCCAUUGGUAUUGGCAAACGUCUUUUUUUAUGUUUUCUUUUAGGACAUUGUGAUUACAGAUUAGAAUUACAAAGAGAUUUUCAAACUGUCCCUUUGCUUCAAGCUUUCUUCACAGUUCAUUCAGACACAUUUCCAUUUGAUAGUUGGAAAAUUGUAUUUAAAGGAAUUGAUCUUUUAAUUCAUCACAAUAUUAAUAAUGGAUUAUACGAAUGGCUAAAGAUCUUUACCAUUACACGAUACGCACGAUACGUAGAUUUUGAGUUCGACUCAGUAUCUUUUGCUAAUUGUAAUGAUGACUCAUAUAUCGAAAAUUGUUUUAAAAUAAUACUUGAACUAGAAUUUGAUGAAAGCGCCCACAUGAAAAUUAUCAAGUGGUUGCUGCGUCAAUGUAAAAACAUGAAAAUGGUAUUAAUCGUUUGGCAAUCUUCAAAUAAAAGUGACGAGCUGCUUCGACAACUUUUUGUAGAAAAUACUAAAAAAAUUAUAUCUAAAGCAAACCUUGUUGAUUUGUAUGAAAAUCUUACCAUGCUUUCGGAUGACAUCAGAGAUAAAGUCGCCUACCAAUUUAGGGAGAGAGUGCUUAAUUUAUUAAAUGGUCAUCGUAGUGCAAUUUUGGAUAAUUCCGAAUUCAAAUCCAUUUUCACACUUUUAAUUUCUGUGCAUCUAGGCUGGACAAAAGUUGAUUAUAUUAAUGUAUUGGAAACUGUGUCGACUUUUGAAGAUUAUCAACUAUUAAACGUGUUUCCAUCAUUUCUUAAAUAUUGGAUUAAAAUGCCUAAUGAUUUUGAUGAUAUAAUCUCUCAAAUAUGUAUACAGUGGUAUAAAAACCUCAUGAAUCGAAUGGAUUCAACGGCUCAUAAGGGAGAAUACGUAACUGUAGUUUUCGAGAAAUUGUCAAGUAUCUGUUCAUUAAUUAAUGAACCACGCAUCUCGGAUGCAUUGAUGGAGAUAACGUUCAAUCGCAUUAGACCUUCCUCAGAACAAUCAAUUUUUAAUACGGUAUCUAUUGUACUAAAAUUUUGUUCAGAAGCGGUACAAGUAUUAACAAAAGUUAUUAUCGAAAAGAUUGAUUCAAUGGAGCUAGGAUGCGGUGAACUUUUAUUAAAAAAAAUGCUAGUGAUUUGUGGUUGUACUGGCAAAAUUUUAAAUAUUCCAAAUGAAUUUUGUGAAAUAACUUUGCUUUAUAUUUUGUCACGUUUGCAACAGUCCUCUUCAAAACCUUAUUCAAAAGAAUCUUUAAAUGAUUGCGCUAUAUUCUGGAUUGUGAUUCUGCGAGCAACUGGCAGUACCAAUAUGUUUCAUUCUCAUAAACUUGUACAAGAAACUAGAACAUCUAUUUUCAGAUUGGCGUGUGUAAUAAAAAAUCGUUCUAUUAAUAUUCAACAACUCCAGGAUUUGCUUAAUUUUAAUGAUUAUUUCCUUUAUGCUUAUUUAAAUUCUGCUCAUAAUAACAGAGAAAUAAUUACUAUGGAUACGUUGGCUAUAGUUCGUCAUAAAUGCCAAAUCUAUGAGCAUAGAUUGAAAUUCCUUGACGAUUUUUAUAAAAGAUUUUGUCCAAUACAAAAAACCAAGGAUGUGCAAAAUUAUCUUGAUGAAUUAAUUGAGCGUAGUAAAAAAUUGAAUGAAAUCUCCAUAAAAGAAUCCUUAUCAAAAACUCAUUGGGAAUUCCAUAAUGAAAUUAUAUCAAUAGCAGAGAGUACAUCUGAAUUAAACAAAUCUCAAGUAUUUUAUAAUGUUUUUGAUAAACAUUUAAAUGAUGUAUCAAAAGAAAGUUCUGAUGAUGUAAGCAAAGUUUUGGACGUUAAAUUUAUAGCACGAAAGUUAAUGAAAGAUGUUUUAAAAGAAUAUGUUUCUAGGUGUAAACAAUAUGAAAGGUGGGAAGAUCUUGAAUACUCCAAGGAAAUAUCAUUUUGGUAUAAAGUUUCUAAUUUUGAUGUGGAACUAAAGUUACUAGAAAAGCAUAGCAAUAUUCAAAUAAGUAAAGGUGAUGCAUUCAUGAUGACGUUAAAAUAUCUAUCUAGAUAUAAAGAUUGGAAAGAACGAACAGAAAAUUUAUUAAAAGUUACAAAAAUUAUCAGAGUCAAAGCAAACUGGCUUGAUGACUUGUUUAAUCAUGAACGUUUGGGCACGUUAAGUAAUUCAAUUGAAAUUAUAAAUCAAAAAUUUUCCAAAUUCAAUGAUAAUAGUUGGGGUUUUACCAAAGAAUUGACACGAUCUCAAGAAUUUAUUGCAUUCCUAAAAUGCAAAUCAGAUGAUGAUUUGAAGAAUCUUAUUAAUGGUGUCGAUGAGCAUUCAGAUACAAGAUUGAUUCAAGAAGGCACGAUUUCUUCACUUAUUCAAGUCAAGCAAUUCAUGAAUCCAUUUAUGAAUGAUCCAAGUUUUACAUUGGAUGCAUUAAUAAAAAAAUUAAGUAAUAUUAAUCCAUCAUUAGCAAGUAAAUUGGCAUUAUGUAAUAGUAAUGUUAGGGCCUUAAUUAAUAUGUAUAAAUCCACCUACAACAAAGGUGAAGUAUCAAAGGAAAAGAUUCAAAAUGCUGUAAAGGUUGGUACAUACGGAUUCACUAAAAAGGAAAUGGAUGAAGAUUGCAUUUUGGAAUUAUCAUAUCCCUCCAAAUUAGAAGAAACCAUAAAAUUAAAUAUUAAUGAGUUACAGGAUUUACGCAGUAGAGCUCUUUUAAGUUCAAAGCCUUGUGCUUCUAUUGGGCAAAUCGAUGAUGAUUUCGCUGAAAUUAAAGCCAGAAUGGAAGAAUUUGUAAUACAAGUUGACAUUGCUCAAAGUAUUAUUAUAACAAUGAAAAAAUUAACACAAUUAGGACAUUUCGGAUAUCGAAAAUAUAAUGAAUCAGUCAGAGUUAACCGAGCUCAAGGAGAUUGUUACUAUCUAACCUUUUAUCCUGCAAGACACAUAUUAGCAUUAUAUGACUAUUAUACGAAAAGUAGAGAGUGCUUGGAAAUAACAGAAACUUGUCAAAUACUUGUGUCAUUCGUCAAUCGAAAAGCUAAAUUACCACGACAAAAUGAUAUAGGAUUCAACUGUAAUAAAAGUGAAUAUGAUCUAGUUUUAAGAGAAAUUAAUGGCAGAUUAGAAGACAUAUUUGGAACCCUUCAAAAGCAUGCACGAUUACUCAAAAUUUCCGUUAAGAUCAAAUGUGGAGAAUUGUUUGUCGCCACUUGUGAUGAUAAAUCAAAAGUUCCAAACAUCAUAAUGUCAUUUUAUGCCAACCAUGGAUACUAUCCUGAACCCUGGCAACUUUUGAUAUGUACAACAUCUACUACUGAAGAAGAACUUUCAAUUUUUAUCAAACGAUGCUAUUUAGCGUCAAAAAAUGGUUAUAAAGGUCAUUUAUUCUGCAUUGCGAAUUUAGAAAUAUUAGAUUUUGAAUUGCAAUAUUAUCUCGUAAAUAGGAUUAAAUCUUUUACGGAAAAAGUAGAUUUUUAUUUAGCAUUGAUAUGUUGUUCUGUAAUUGGUAUGCAUAAUCAUAUUGUGGACCAGUUUUCUGAAAAUAUUCACACUGCUGAUGGACUUGACACUAUUGCAAUGAGAUCCAUUUAUCGCAAAUUAUGUCCGAAGGUUACGUGUGUAACUUCAGAAUUAUCCGGACAAGGAAAAACACAAUUUAUUAAGCAGGAGAUCUCUAAAAAUAAGAAAAAUAUGGUUACUUUUCUUAUUAGUGAUGGCGCAAGCUUUAAUUCACUUAUUAGACAACUUAAAAAAUCUCAUAUUCAGAAAGAUGAUAGUCUUCACAUCAACAUUAUAUCUGCUGAUAAUCCUGGAGAAAUUAAUCUAUUCUUGUUUCAAUUAUUAACACUGAGAAUUAUUUCAAACAACGCUGAUAUUAUCAGUCUUCCAGAUAGCUAUAUAUAUAUUGAGGUAGCAGGAAACUGCUUAAUCGAGUCCCUUCCAUUUCUUGAUUGUUUAAAUAACUUACAUUUAAUAUGGAAUAUUAAUAGACUAAUGGUAACCAAGGAUGUACAAAGCCCAAUUCAAGUUGUUUGUCGUUAUUUAGAUCUUUACGAUAGGAAUAUGCUCGAUAAACAAGAUAUUGUUGACUUCAAUGUGCUACUUGAUCAAAAAUAUUGCCAGCAACUUUUGGACAGAUAUUUCUUUAAAAAGAUUGAUUCUAGUAUCUUGUCUUUUCGUUUUUUAGAAAUAUUUGUAAAUUUACUUGCAGAUCAAUUAUUCAGAUUAUCGGAAAGUCCUUUCUUUACAGUUGAAAAUUUGAAAUUUAUGACUAAAGAUGUUAAUAUUCGAUCAACGUUAUUUAAUAUAUUACUUGAUGUUUCAAUUGAUUUUGCUACAAAAUCAAUCAAAACAAAAUCCGCGCAAUUACAAAGUAUUUCAGAUAGAGCUGCUGAAGUAGAUCAAUUAGGAAAUCUUGUACAAUGGGAUGAUUCUAAUCAUCUUUUAGUAUUUUUUAUGUCACAAUCUCCAGAAUCGAUAUGUGCUUUAUAUCGUAACAAAAACAUUGUCCCAAAUAAUGUUACGAAUCUGCUAAAAAGCCAAAGUUUUGAAUUAGCAGAUUAUCAAACAAUGUCUUCAGACCAAUUAUUAAUUACAUUAGAAUGCUUGGCUAGGAAAACUAUGCAUAAAAUUAAUUAUACACAAUAUGCUUUAUCGACGGAUAAUUUAUUGAAAAUGGCAUUAAUGUUAUUGAGAACGAGAGCUAAUAUUCCUGUAGUUAUAUGUGGAGAUGCGGGAUGUGGAAAGACAAGCUUAAUUAGUUUCUUGGCUAAGGUAGUAGAAGUAGAAUUUUAUGCACUUAACCUUCAUGCUGGUAUCAAAGAAAAAGAUAUCAAGGAUUUCAUGAAUGAAUCUCAUAAAAAAGCUUUAAUUAGUGAGAUAUGGUUGUUCUUUGAUGAAAUCAAUACUUGCAAUCACAUAGGAUUGUUAGCAGAGCUAAUUGCUCAUCGUAAGCUAGAUGGUAAGACAAUUCAUCAUAAUAUUCGACUAUUUGCUGCCUGUAAUCCAUAUCGUAUUCGGAACAAAAGUGUUAGUAGUGUUGGAUUGAAAUCAAAAAAGAUCGGAUUUGAACAACAAAAUAAAGGCCUUGUUUAUGAGGUUAAACCACUUCCGGAUCAGAUUUUAGAUUACGUAUGGGAUUAUGGUACGAUUCGACCUCAAGAUGAAAUGACUUAUAUACAAUUAAUGAUACAUGAGGCUAAAUUAAGUUCUAUAUUUGCUGAAUUAUUAUUUUCAUCACAAGAAUUUAUUCGCAAUGUUGAAGAACCUUAUAGUGUUAGUUUACGCGACGUUAAAAGAGCCAUUAAAUUGGUUAACUUUUUCAAUGGAAGUCUUUCAAUACGACAAAAUGAGAAUAAUGUUUACCCUGAUAAUUCUUUUGAUAUUUUAACUCGAUCUUAUAUUUUAGCGCUAGGUUUAUGUUAUCAGUCUCGUUUAUGUGAUCAUGAAUUAAGAAUCAAAUAUCGCAAUAAGAUGUGUGAAAUUUUCAAAAAUAUCGACGAUUCUCAAUUUAAAAAAAUAAUUAGGGACGAGCAAAUGGACUUAAUGAAAAGAAUGAUUUGUCCACCUAAUAUCGCAUUCAACGAAGCAUUGUUGGAGAACGUAUUAGCUGUUAUUGUUUGUAUUUGUUGUAAAAUACCACUAUUCAUCGUUGGUUCUCCAGGAUCUUCAAAGUCAUUAGCAAUCAGACUCGUAUAUCAAAAUCUUAGAGGACACGAUUCAAAUGACACAUACUUUAGAACUCUUCCUCUCGUGUUUUUAAUUCCCCAUCAAGGCUCAUCAUCAUCUACGUCCGAUGGAAUUGAAAUCGUUUUUCAAAAAGCCAAUGCCUAUCAAAAGACAUGUUCUAAAGAUUUUCUUGUAAUUAGCGUCGUUUUGCUUGAUGAAAUUGGACUAGCUGAAAUAAGUCCCCAUAACCCUUUAAAAGUUCUUCACUCUUUGUUAGAACCAAGUUAUCCAGAUGAUGGUCCUACCGUUUCAGUAAUAGGAAUUUCAAACUGGAGACUGGAUAAUAGUAAAAAUAGUAGAGCUUUAUUAGUUCAAAGACCAAAUUUUGAAUUGAAUAAUCUUGUUGAAACAGCUGUUAGUUUGCAUAUUCAUCCUGAUUUCAGAUGUAUCCUAGUACUUGACAAUGAGAAGUUAAAUAAUGCAGAUCCUCCCCUAUUAAAUAGAUUUGAAAAGCAACAAAUGACGAUAAAAGAUAUCCUUAAUAAAGACGAAAAAGAAUUAGUCAAUAAGCUGAGAGAAUGGACACGUCAAAUGACAAUUAUAGUAGGAACUGAAGAAAAAAAUCUUGAUUUCACUACAGAGGAAGUAUUUAUUGGCUAUAAUAAAGAAGAAACAUUGGAAAGCUUAAUAAUUGAUAUCAAGAUAAAAGAUCCCGGAAUGAAAGAUGGUGAAUUACUUGAAAAGUGCAAGGAAAAUUUGGUUGCGACUGCUACAUCGGAUGGUAUGAUCCGAGUCAAAAAAUCAACUUUGCAUUUUGAAGAAAUUCAACAUUUGAAAAAUAUUUAUUUUCAAACCCAACAUCAUGAUGAUUUAGCAGAUUAUUUUCAAGAUUUAUUGCAAGAACAAACUGUGCAAGAUGGUCAUUUGGUCAUUAUUAACACAUUUUCCAACAUCAACACAGAUGCUUCAGAUUUAUAUUUCAAUGAUUUUGUUAAUGUAGUUUGUAGCAAUGAACAAAAAGCCAAAAAUACAUUUGUAUUAUCACGUCUUAUCCAAUGUAAGCUUUGUAAAGAGAUGAUCAAAAAUCCUAUCAAUUUACAUAUAUUUUGGUGGAAUAAUGCUAGUUCAACUUUAGCAGCAUUUCGACUAAUUAGCGAGUGUCCUUCGAUUUUUAAUGAAGAAUUAUUUAAUGCAAAAAAUUUAGAACAACGUAUUGUGAAUGAGGUCACGAAAUUAAUGCUUAAUAGUCUUAGCAUUUGUCAAGAAAUUGUUGAAUUGCAACUCCAAUUCAGAAAUAUCUUGAAUUUUUGUGAAAACCUCACUAGCUUUAAAAGAACAAAAUCUUUUCAAAUGCUAACUUUUUGUCAUGAGCUAUUAUCAACUGAAUCAAUUCCGUUGGAGAUUAUUAAAGAGAUUAUCGAGAUUAGAGAUGAAGAAGAUAUGUUUACAAAAAUGCAUAUUAACAGAAUCUUUGAAAUCCUUAGUAAGAUCGAACCAGAUAAUACAUUAAUUGCCAAACAAUCAUUUAUAAUAAAGUGUUGCGAAAUUUUUCCAUACGAUUCACCUUUAAAGUUGGAACUCUAUCACACUUUAUUCUUGGAAGAUCCUUUCCAUCUUAGGGGACAAACCAUUAAAAGUAUAUUGGAGAAAGAAAAUAAAAAUAACUCUUUCGAGUCUUUUAUGUGGUUAGAUCAUCCUAGAAAAAUGAUGAAUUUGCCGUUAUUUAAAAUUAUGAAUACUUGCCUUGAAAAAAAUGGUUGUCAAUCUACAAUAGCAGCAUUAUUCUGUGACAUUAUACAAAAAGCAUAUUUUACACGGUAUAAUCUGAUUGAAUUAUCGACUUAUUACCAUUGCGCAAUUGAAGCUUUAUGUGCUGAUAAUGUUGCAGGAUUACAUUUGAUAACAGCGAUUGCGUUCCUCAAAGAAUUUGUUCACGAGUUUUGGAAAUUUCUGAUUCAAGAUAAUAUUUUAAAACCGGUUGAAUUGGAUUUCAAUGGUGUUGAUGAAAGGAUUAUAGAGUUAAUUAAUAAAAUUAAUUGUGAUUUAAAUUCAGAUUUUAGAUUAGUUGAUUCACUAAAAUUUUAUUUUCUGCGAGACCUACGCAAUAGAGGUUCGAUGAGCGACGUUCAUAAAUUUUGUCAAGCUCAAAAACAUAUAUUUCCAUGGCUGGAAAAUUUACCUUGGGACAAUAAUCAAGAAACUCGCUUGCAAUUUGAUGUUUAUAAUUCUAUUGAAGAUUAUAGCAUUGUGGAAAGAAAUUUUGCAAGAUUUUUUUAUUAUAGAAAUAGUUUGGAACUAUUCAAUGAAAUCUUUAAUAAAAUUUCAAGGAAAGAAGAGACUAGCGCUAGAAUUUCACUUAUGGGAGGUAUUUUUAAUCAACUUCAUAUUAUAAGAGCAACAAGAGAGUGGAAUCUUAACGAGGAAAGUGCAGCAACUCAUUUGAAAAAACGCAUCAAGAAAGCAAGUUAUUUCUCCAAAGUCUAUAAGAUUAUUAUUCAAAAUGUAAUCACAAACAAAAUGUCUAUAUUGCAAAUUGAUACGAAUGCUAGCAACUCGGAUAUAUUAAUUAAGUCGGUCAUUGGGCAUGUUGUAGCAUUGCAUUCGUCUAUCCCAGCGGAGGUGUCACCAUUGGCGUAUAUGCAACAUAAUUUAGAUUAUUGUAGUGAUCUUUAUAUUCUCACUUGUCUAUCAGAUGUAGAAUCUGUUCUGUUAAAUGCUAACUUACAGCAAGAAAAGAAAUAUACGAGAUAUCGAUGUAAAUGUGGAUAUCCUUAUCUUAUCGGUGAUUGUGGAGGGGUUAAUGAGCAAAGUAAAUGUCCUGAAUGCAAAAAUACUAUUGGUAACGGUCAACCCGAAGCAGGAAAUGUAAGGUUAGAUUCAAAACCAAUUAAGACAGAUAGGAAAGUAAAAGAUGAAAAAGGGUAUAUUAGGGAAGAAAUAAACAGAGACAUACAUCACAAUGUUCGCAAUUUAUCUCCUACUUCAUAUAGAAUUCUUCAUUUAUUUGUACAUUCAAUAAUUGGAGCUUGGGCGCCAUCUGAUAUUGUAACUAAAUUUUCGCAAAAUAUCUCAAAUGGUAGUGUGGAAUAUUGUAUGGAACAUAUUAGGAAUGAUUGGAGUAUUCUUUUAAAUCGUUUGAAUUGCUCCGAAGAAGAUUUAGCACUUUUAUUACAUGCAAUCCUUGAUAGGAUGUUUCUAAUUCCACCCAAUCAUCAUACAACCUUGAAAGAACCUCAGGAGCGUGAAGAAUGGGAAACAAAUUUCUCGCAGGACUAUGUUGUGCCUUUAAUUAAAAAUAUUAGAAAUACUAUCACUGAAUUUAGAGUAAAACUUGCAAAUACGAAAAUUUCUGAUGAAUUAUUAGAAAAAUUUCCGGAAUCCUUAUUAGUAGGUCAUAUUUAUGCGGCAUAUGAAUAUGCUAGCUUUAAAAUCAGGUAA